AGACAGCAGCAAUGGGAGGCCCGUACAGGGACCCAUGAUACACUCUGGGACCUGGCAGCAAGCAUGAGGAGCGGUACAGGGCCCAUGACAGAUUACGGGCCUGGCAGAAGCAUGAGGAGUCGGUACGGGUGGCCCAUGGCAGAUUACGGGCCUUCGGCAGCAGCAUGAGGAGGCGGUAUCACGGGGGGCCCAUGGCAGAGUGGCGGAGCCAGCAAGCGUGGGGAGACGACUAUCAAGAGUCCAAUGGCAGAGUGGCGGAGCAGAAGCAGCUUCAAUUGAAGGCCCAUACACAGGCCUAGG